AUGACUCCUUCCGAUCGAAUGGAGCCAGAUGGCCGUCGGAGCCGCCUAGAAGAAGCUAUCACCAAUCCCGGUACUGUCAAAAUCAAUGUGACGGGCGCGUUCAUUGUCGACGAUGAACCUCGGGCCAGAAGUCCCGUUCAGACCGACGGUGUUCACUAUGAGAAUAAAGACAUUCGACUACCUCAUCACACUGGUGUGGUCAGUCAUGUUGCUGUCGAUAUCGGUGGAUCGUUGGCAAAGCUAGUCUACUAUACUAGAGAAUUGGACGCGGCCGACAAUGGUGGACGCUUGAAUUUCAUCAACUUUGAGACCCACCGGAUCGACAUCUGCAUCAAUUUUAUCCGACAAUUAAAGGAGGAACAUGAGAAGCGCAAUACCUCGGUCCGGGAUGAGCUAUGCGUGGUGGCUACUGGAGGGGGCGCUUUCAAGUUCUAUGACAAGUUGAAAGCGGCGCUGGACGUGAACAUUCUGCGAGAAGAAGAGAUGGAAUGUUUAAUCAUUGGUCUGGAUUUCUUUAUCACCGAGAUCCCCAACGAAGUAUUCACCUAUAAUGACUCGGACACGGAGCCGAUGCAGUUUGCCGAGGCCCGACCGGACGUUUACCCCUACCUCCUCGUCAAUAUCGGAUCCGGCGUUUCCAUGAUCAAGGUGUCUGGCCCAAGGCAGUUUGAACGAGUCGGGGGAACACACUUGGGUGGUGGCACAUUCUGGGGGAUUAUGUCUUUGCUUACGGGCGCUCGGACCUUCGACGACAUGCUGGCCAUGGCGGAUGUUGGGGAUAACAGCGGAGUGGACAUGCUGGUUGGGGAUAUUUAUGGUAUGGACUACAGCAAAAUUGGACUGAAGAGCACAGCAAUCGCCAGCACCUUUGGGAAGGUCUUCCGCUUGAAGAAUGCUGCCGAGCGGGGAGCCGAAGACGGCGAGGGCUUGAUCCGCGACGAUGAGGAACACACUAACGGCGGAGUCAAUUUCCGCCAUGAAGAUAUGAGCCGGAGCCUUCUUUAUGCUAUCAGUAACAACAUUGGCCAAAUUGCUUAUCUGCAAUCGGAAAAGCAUGGAGUCAAGCAUAUAUAUUUUGGAGGCUCCUUUAUCCGCGGGCACCGCCAGACGAUGAACACACUUUCCUACGCCAUUAAAUUCUGGUCCAAGGGUGAAAAGCAGGCAUAUUUCCUGCGGCAUGAGGGCUACCUGGGCGCUGUCGGCGCCUUCAUUCGCCGACAACCGCAAAAUUGGGGUCGCCGGAACAGCAUCGACGAUUUGGGAGCACCGCAGGCGGUCAAGAACGUCGUCAACAGCGUGUUGAAUCAACAAAAUGACGCCUGCUCAUAG